UGACAUCGGAAGUGUCGGAGGAAACGGUAGACACGUGUUUUCUUGCAGAUUUGAAGGUUACAGAAGAAGCUGCAGGUAGGCUUCUUGUGCAGUCUGCAGGAGAGGGUCCCCAGCACGGCGUGUUUGUGGUUGAAAGCCGGGUGUGAGCAGCGCUGAAACGCAGACAUGGAUCCCAUGAAGGCGCAGCAGCUGGCGGCGGAGCUGGAGGUGGAGAUGAUGGCUGACAUGUACAACCGGAUGACCAACGCCUGCCACAGGAAGUGUGUGCCGCCACAUUACAAGGAGGCCGAGCUGACGAAGGGCGAGUCGGUGUGCCUGGACCGCUGCGUGGCCAAAUACCUGGACCUUCACGAGAGGCUGGGACGCAAGCUGACAGAGCUGUCCGUCCAGGACGAGGAAAUGAUGAGGAAGGCUGCUGUCGGGAGUGGAUAGAGACGCUGAUGACGGGAGCGAGAAGUAGAAAGUUGUGGGGAGUUAUUACAAAGUUAUGGGGCGGGGUUAGCAUAGCUGGUUUCUCUAAAUGAGAGAUUGGUGUUUUUAAUAAGAGGGUGGGUAAAUAAAAUUUAUAAAGUCAAGUUAAAGCUCAUGAGGGUCCACUGAGAGAAACUGCCUCCUCUGCUUCAGUAGAGGAUGAUACAGAGGAAGCACCGGAGCACCUGGCGGAGUUGCAACGUGAAGACGUCCUGAAACUGCUCACAGCGGUUCAGCAGCCUCUCUGGAUCUGUCCGAUUUGUUUUUUUUUUUUUACAAAUUCAGCUCGGGCUGGUCCUGUACAAGUCACCUAAAAACUGACUGGAAGGGAGAAAGACCUGGGACAUGUAAUAUUAUUUGAAAGUCAUACUUUGUGCUUGUUUUCUGCUGCUUCUACCGCAGAAACUCACAUAUACUUUUAAGGCUUUGUGGUACCAAUUAUCUAGUAUUUGCUGCAGGUUAAAACAAACACAAAUAAUGAUUUACAUGUAGUCUUAGGUCACUCUUUAAACUCGGGUGACUUAUUUGAAAGAGGGUGACGGAGGCCUCUUAAGGUUGCAGCGCAUCAUCAUAUUCAGGUAGAGAUACAUUGUUAACAAUUACAAGUUGUCUGUUAUGCAGACAACUUGUAAAAGUACAAAACCUUGAAAUACAGUAAAUCAGAUACAUGGAUCAGGACAUGCACUGAAUCAGUUAUGUAUGGCAGUACAGUUUGAGCCAGAAUGUCUUUUUAUACAAGACACUGCGUAGUUUACUCUCUUUCACAACAACACAGAUACAGACCAGCAGCCAGGUCAUUCUAGUUACAUGCGUUAAGGAUGGACUGAACUUUGUUCAUGUGUCCUGCUUGUGUAGACUGUGUUGUGCUGUACGCCAGUGGACCAUGUUUUUCUUUUUGACUUUGAUAUGUCUUCUUUUUUUUCUCAUGUGUUAACCACUGUGUCAGUGAUGCAGCUCUUCAACUGCAUAUUGGAGAAGCUGCACAGUGUUUCGUUGUUAUUAAUUGCUCUAAUAAAACAAUGUCCUCAUUUAUCUCAA